GCAGGAGCAGUUUCUCCUUGGACAACCCAUGAAUGAUAGGCCAAAUAUUGAACUCAUUCCAACAGAUUGUGAUGUAUCCGAAAUGUUUACACUUCGUAAUGGAAAUGAACUAAUGCUGCACAAAAUUCAAGACAUGCUUGAUCCAAAUCCACCGCUAAAGAAAAAUUGGCGACAAGUGGGACAUCAUUUAAACGUUACCGAAGGAGACUUAGACUUACUGGAACUUCAAUAUAAGUCAAACGGCAGUCCUACGGAGAGUCUUAUAGAAACAUUGAAGAAUUUUACACCAGUGCCUUCAAUGAAAAAAUUUGUCGAAGUUCUGAUCAGUUGUGAAAGAAGUGACGUGGCCAAAUAUAUUUGUGACUGGCCAUGGGAGAAACGUAACUGUACUGAACUGGAGAACCAUGAACGACCAGAUACGGUCCAGCAACCAUCCUGAGGAUAUUUUUCUCCCCAGUCAGCCGUUCUUUUGAAUGUCACACAAUCAAUG